GGCGUGUUUACACCUGCAGUCAGGACACACAGCCCCAACCCUGACUGUGCAGCCGACAGGGAAGCGUGUUCUCUAAACUGAGAUAAGAACCAGCCUUGUCGUGAGAGGUUAUUGUUUAGCGGACGGUCACCGGGAGUUGCUCCAGGCAGCCUCUGCCCGUCUGUCCUGCAGGAGGAAAGCUCGAUCCUCAGCCACAGGCUCCAGGAGGCCAGCCCUCUUGCUGUCCACCAUGGAUGAGACAGAUGUGGAACAGGUGAGCCUGGCGCUGCUAGAUGCAGCCAAUGAUAAAGACCCAGAGGUCCAGGAGCAGGUCAGAAAGUCUAUGUUAACCCUGGGAAAACAGAAGCCAGACCGAGUGUUAGCCAUGUGCCAGGACUACCUUCUGAAACACCCAAAGCUGGUUGUGAGCCACAGAGUUGUGAUUCUUCAGACAAUUGAGCUGAUUGCCGGCUGCAGGAUAGAGGAGAUCAGUUCCCCCAGGAUAAAAAGCAUCAUCUCACUGGCCUCAGAUGAGAUGACACGAUCAAAGGAGGUCAUCCCUGACUGGCAGCAGGCAGCCAGUAAUAUCUUGGUCGCUGUGGGUAACAAGUACAUCAAUGACAUUAUGGAGGAGAUACUAAGCAAGUUUCAGCCAGGGGUCCUACCUCACUUCUUUGUGGUCCAAACACUGGCCAACCUCUCUGAUUCCAAUGUUUAUGGCAUGGUACCCUUCCUGAAUGCUAUUCUGGGCACCAUGUUGCCCAUGCUGAGCAUGGCCAAACAGGACAACAUGAAGUGGGUCUUUUCCUCUGCCCUGUGUCAUUUCAGUGACAGUAUCUUGGAGUACCUGGCCAACCUGGACAAGGCUCCGGACCCCACAGUCAGGAAAGACACAUUCUCCAGUGAAAUCUGUGCUGCUUUUGACAUCCUCUUCAAUAACUGGCUACAAAGCAGGGAGUCUAAAUUGAGGUUGACAGUGGCCGAGGCAUUGGGCUCUAUGUGCCAUCUGAUGGCCAGUGACAAACUGGAGGAGCAAAUUCCCAGACUCAUUCCUGCCAUCUUGUCCCUGUACAAGAAAAACAAUGAGCACUACAUCAUUAGCAAGAGUCUCUGCCAAGUGCUCGAUGCUUCUGUCAACAUGGGCAGCAGGGUGCUGGAGACACAGCUCGACGCUCUGCUCUUUGCACUGCAUCAACAGGUGUCUGCCCCUGUUGAUUACAGUAACCCUCCUACAAUCAAGAACCACAACGAGGCCCUGCGCUGCUUCAGUUUACUAGCUAACUCCUUCCCAGACCGGCUGGUCAUGUUUGUACUUCAGAAGUUGGAGAACAGUAAUGAGCGGAGCAGGAUGGGCUCCCUCGCUGUCCUUCGCCACCUCAUCAACUCCACCACUUCUACAAUGGAGACUAAGAAGCUGCUCAUUCUGGCCAGCAUCAGACAACCAAUGGCUGAUCACAGUAACAAGGUGAAGAAGCGUGUGAUCCAGGUGAUCAGUGCGAUGGCUCAUCAUGGUUAUCUGGAGUUAGAGGGAGGAGAGUUACUGGUUCGAUUCAUAGUUCAACACUGUGCCUUACCUGACUCGUACCAGCGUGAAGACAGGCCCAUAGAUCCAGAGGAGGUGACAAAUGAGGCACUUAGGACGAUGUGUGACAGCACCCUUCAUCUCCUGACGACCACUGUUGGACGACUAGCUGAUGUGCUAUGGCCCAAGCUGCUCUACUAUCUGACCCCGCCACAGUACAGCAACGCCACCACUCCUCUGUGUAAGAGUCUGAUAGUGCUGGGCAACAAGAAGAAAAAUAACCAGGAGCCCAGCUUUAACAUAGACUUUACACAGGAAGUCAAUCUGCCCUCUCCUCAAACACUAAUGAUCAGACUGCUGGUGAAUGCAGCAUUCCCAUUCAGUAGCAGAGGCCAUGGAGCUCCGUCCCUCUCUCUCCUUCAAAUCCUCAGCAUCAACAUUCACCCCAAUACAGAGAUUCUGUGGGAGAAAGAGAUACCUCCUCUGCUGUCUAUACUAGAGGAGUCAACAGCACAGACCCUGGAUAAGAACCACUGGAAUGAGAAGCUGCUGAAGCUCUUGUCUAAAACCCUGGCUACUAUUGAUGACGACAAGUGGGUGUGUCAGCUGGCAGCCGAGGCAACGAGAUAUCUCUCCACAUAUAACAACGCCUUAGAGGAGAAGAGUUUCCUGUACCGGUGUAUAGGAGUGACUCUCCAACAGUGUUUCAAUAAGGAGGUUGUUAAAAAACAGCUACAGGAAAUCCUCCUCACAGCACGACACAAUGACGCUGUCGAAAGAGAGGGAGUUGCAAUGGGCAUCGGUUUGUGUGCUAACAGCCACCUAGAGGGAACUCUGGCUAAACUGGAUGAGUUUGGCAAAUCAGACGCCUUCAAGAAGUCACCAAGCAUUUUCAACCUGCUCAAAGAGCGUAAUGAUGUUGAGGUGGAGAAGGUGAAGAGCACAUUAAUCCUGUGUUAUGGUCAAGUGGCUCUGAAUGCACCUCCAGAAAAGAUACUGAACCGCAUUGAUCAAGACAUCCUUCGCUGCAUCAGUAAACACUUCAAUACCAAGGUUCUGGGGAUAAAAGUAGAGACAAAGGACCUGACUAUGAAACUGAGUUUGAUCCAGAGUGUUGGCCUCAUAGCCAAAGCCAUCAGUGAGUGUGUGAAGAAACAAGGCUACAUCUUCUCUCGCAAACAGGAACUCAUUACUGUUAUGCUGGAUUUUGUCAAGGCGGAGCCAGCUGAUUCACUGAGGACUCAAGUUCGCCACCUUGUGAUGACCACUUGCGCCAACCUCAUGCCUCUGGACCCUGCACUGAGUGAGAAUGAGAGCUUUGACUUAUUAAAGGUGUGUGUGAACGGCGUGUUUUCUCUGCCACCUGAGACACACACUCCAGAGAAAACUAAAGAAGAGGAGAUACUGGACCCCAAGCAGAGAAAGGCAUUGUACAAAGACACACUGGCUGCACUGCAGGAGCUGCUGAACAGUGUGCUGGCCAGGGAUCCCACACCUGAUGGUCUGCAGAGUGUCUUCAAGCACAUCGAAUCAUGGUUGAGCUCCGGACAGGACCACGAGAGAGAGAGAGCUGUCACAGCUACUGCUCACAUACUGGCUUACUACCUGGAUAACCUGACUGUUAAGAACAUGGUAUCCUUCCAUAACCUUGGAGCUCUGCUGGGUCGACUGUCUCCACGCUGUUCUGACCCUCACCCCGCUGUUCGUGCUGCUGCUGUUGACUGUAUAUACACACUGCUUUAUAUACAGCUACGAUAUGAAGGUUUCUCUCUAGAUUACAAGGAUGAAGCUGUGGACAGUCUGUUGCCCCUUAAAGACAGACUAGAAAACCCAGACCACUCCGUUCUCUACAAGACCUGCUCUGACCUCACCAAGGUGAUGAGUAAACGUCUGCCUCAGCAGCAGCUGACAACGUUGGUGUUCAUGUUAUUUGAAGGCCUGGUCGACAGUCAGGCAAACUGUUGCAGAGCUUCAUCGGUCAUCCUGAACACCCUGCUGAAGAACAGAGGAGGAGGACUGCAAGAGCUGGUACCAGAGAUUCUGGAGGUGCUCCAUGUGCGUCUGCAGAGCAUCACGGAGGAGCAGGUGAGAGUGGCAGUAGGACAGACAGUACUAAUCCUGGCUUCUCAGCAUCUGCAGACUGUUAUUAACACACUAGUUAACCAACCACUUCCAUAUGACAGCUGGACCAGUGAGAUGUGGAUGGCCUUGGGAUCAGAUCCCAUUGUAGCCAGUCAGAUCAUAGAGAUGGUGAUGGAGAAGCUUGUCGUCAUGGCACCAUACGUAGACAAGAAGGAGUCCAUGAUAAGAGGAGGGACAUCAAAGGUGGCCACAAAUCAGCCACUGGCUAUGACAUGUGGUCUCAAAGAGCUGUUAUUAAAUGGCCAGAGUCAGGAGCCGGCAGUCAGUCAGUUCCCUCAGCUCUUCUCCUGUCUCACUGUCAGACUAGGAGCCAGUGUUGGAGUCUCAGCAAUGAGGGACAGCAACACCAAACAAUCUGCCUCCGUCCACGUAGCAGGGGUAGCAGCUGAUGCACUGAGAAUCCUGUUAGCUCGAGCCCAGUUAGAUGAAGUAAUGAAAAGACUGGAUGAGGAUAAUGCCUGGGACGCAAUGAGGGAACCAAAUACACACAUUACUGGAGUUACACUACUAGCAAGGGCAAUGGCUAAACAUGCUGGUCCCAGGUUGCCUGCCAUUGUGGAGCGUCUGUGUCCCUCCCUGAACAACAUCUAUGAAUGCCAGAGAAUCACCGUCACCGCUUUCUUCUCCGAGCUGUUAAACCAUCACGUGGUGACGGAGUUGAUGCUGAUAGACGUGUUAAUGAACAACAUGAUGGAGAGGAUAUCAGAUCCCUGUUGUACCGUCCGCAUGUUGGCUGUGCGGGGGCUCGGCAAUAUAGCUGUGGGAUCACCUGAAAAAGUGAAUAAAUAUGCCAAAGAGCUGCUGGCAGCCAUGAGUUCAGGCAUGGAAGAGAAAGACGAUCCAGGUAAGCUGAUUACUCUUGAGGCCAUGUCAGGUCUGUCCAAAGUUCUCCUCCACCUGGACAAGAAGAAUGUCCACUUACUGGUGGUUUAUAUCUUCAUGAAGAUUAAACCGUUCUUGGAAAGUGAGAAUGAUGAGAUCCGCUGUGCUUCCAUCCAUCUCAUGGGGAACCUGUCCAAGUUUGGCUCAGGAGAGCCAGUGUUCAAAGACCAGAUCCACAAUGUUCUGGUCAGCCUGCUCUUACACCUGGUUGACCCGAACCCACAUGUGGUCAAGGCGUGUAAGUAUGCGAUGCGUGUGUGCGCUCCUGUGGUGGGAUCAGAGCAGAUCACAACCAUGUUUCAGAACCACCUCCACGAGGACAAGAGCUUGCACUACGGAGAAUUCAUCAAUGACCUUACCAAGUACCUGAUCCAGGACUUUCCAGGCAUGCUGAACUUCUACCACAUAUCAGUCAUCCAGUUCUUCAAGAGCAACUGGCCUGAGGUCAGAGCAGGAGCUGCCAUGUUUAUAGGGUUUCUGCUGGGGAAUCUUCCAGAGGAGCAUUUCUCCCAUCUCAACAUGGGCACCAUCACUAAAGGUUUAGUGAUGCUGCUCCAAGAUCCAGAUUCAGUGGUGAGAAUGAAGGCUGCUGAGGCCAUGGGACACUUCCACUGACACAACACACACAGACCUAUGUACAAAUAUCAGUGUUUCCUUUAGUCACAAGUGGUAGGCCACCUCUACACAAAAAAAUACAUUACAAAAUAAAGUAUUUUAUUUUUAUGAUUGGGACCUGUGGACAAAAACACACAGGUUCCACCAUUUACAUGUGCAGUGAUUAUAAAAUGAUCCAAAUAACACAACUGUAACAUUCAUUUAAACCAAAACAGGGACCAAAGCAGGAACAAGGUCGGUCAUUUACCAAUGUAACGAAAUCAUACAAAUGAACACUGAUAAUACACAUUCAUACGCACACAUGCAAAUCUAUUUAUCCGUUAGCAGCUUUGAUUAGCUUCUUUUGACACUUGAUUAUGGUACUUGAAAGGACGUGUUAAUUCUUAGCUGUAUCUUAGUGACCAAAGACUGUGUUGCUCUUUACAGACUGGCGUCUCGUCUGUAGCAGUUAGUGUUCAGUCAGGUUGACAACACCAGAGAUAUUCUGUGUUCCGUUAAUGACAUAUAUCGUGCUUGAACAAGUUUCUAAUGCGUAGGUUAAAAAACACGUUUGAACUUGAGUGAUACAUUUUUUUGAAUAAGUAUUGUUUCUUCACAUAUUCAUUCAUAUUAUGCGCAAAUCAGCAACAGUAAUGCACAUUUAAAGUACAUGACAGAAAUAAUUUCACAUGACUCUGCCUGGUAGCUAAAGUGUGUGUGUGUGUCUGUGUGUGCUUGUGUGUGUAGUUCAUACCAGAAAUUUGUGAUAGUUUUAGUGGAUGGAUGUUAGUUAGUAGUUUAGUUUCAGGCGAUCUCUGUUUGAGUGAGCCUGGUAGUUAGUCUUCAGUUGGCUCGGAGCUUUAUCCCUGCCCUCCCCGAAGAUACAGUUAAACAUUUUAUACCAGUAAAGACGUGUGGUACCAUGGGUAAGUCUUUAAAAAAAAUUAUGUUAAGUCUACAAUAAAAAAAUAACAGCUAAGAUGUGAGUCGCACAAGAACUACAGCUGGACUUAAAAAUGUUCUGUGGUUUCUACUUGUGGGUGGAGGAUUUGGAGAAUGAAAAGAAAACAGGAUGUCUCCGUUCUCAGUGCCGUGUUCGGUAGUCCACAUCAUCUUGUCAGCUUUGCCAAAUCAGCCAAAUUAGCCAGCAAUUACCAGGUAGUGACUAUUUGUACAACCAGUCUCCAACAGCAAGACUGAUACUUGAUACAUGAUAACUGGCUGGUUCAGACCAGACUAAAGGAAGUCAUCCAUGACUUCAUCAUAGCUCACCACCAUUUCUGAGCCAUAAUGAAGCUGUUUGUAAAUCACUGCCACCACCACAACUGAAUGGCCACAACAUGAUCAUCUCUGUAGGACACUUAACUCAGGUCCUUUGAUCAUAGUCUGUUUAAUCUGCGCACACUUUAUGAUUCAGUUUCCCAUUACGGGCCACAAGAGUGGUCCAGCCAUUCUCCGUAUGAACAUUAAUUAUCACAAGAACAUUGCCAGAGCUUCUGUGGUGUUCAGAGAUCAUUAGCCAAGUGACAGUACACAGUUAGUCACUUUAAUACAGCAACUUUUUUUCCCCCUUUAUUCACCCGUUACAAUGACAUCAACUCAUGAACCAACCAGCUCCAGCCAGUCAGACCAGUACUUACCAGUAAGUAGAGAACAGACCAGUGUAGCCAUUCUGAAAACAGUCUGUUGAUUACAUAUAUUAAAUUAGCACUAUAGAGACAUUGUUAAUGAUUUCCUUUCUCAUUUUGAAUGCACUUAAUGUUAAGUAUCUGACAUUAUCCCAUUGAACAGCCAGGUUUGUACAAUUUUAGGGUACAGCUGUGGAUUUGCAGGCCUCUUAAUGUCAUGUAAAUAUAUGUGUGUGUGUGUGUGUGUGUGUGUGUGUGUGUGUGUGUGUGUGUGUGUGUUGUAAUGUUUAAGGAUGUGUGUACAUGUAACUUGUAAACUAUGUCUCCAGAUGAAUUCACUCAGUGGCCAAUAGGGAGGGAUGCAAAUUGAUCCACUAUGUUUCCCAAUUUGAAUUCAUUUGGUGACAAAAAAACAUAAGUCCAUUAGAGAAUGGGGUGAAAGCAAUACAUUUUUGUAUUUGUAAUACGUUUGUCUUAUGUAUGAAUAUGUAUUAAUGUGUGUAUGUCUACCUUCAAUAUUUCUGUUGCACUUUCAAGCUCUGCCAUGUAGUCUCUGAUGUAAGACCUGACAGGCAAACUUCAGCUAAUUUCCUUCACAAGUCCCUGGUUACAACUCAUAUGGAGAACAUUUUUAUGUUUUCUGCUGAUUUUCAGCAGCUGAUUUUUUUUGGUCAUUUCAAAUGUAACCGGAAAGCAGAUUUUUUUUUAACCUAAUGUGUUAAGUUCUUUGUAAACAAAAGCUAUUAAACCUCACAUUUACUUUGUAAAUGUAAUCAAUUGCUUAGAUGUUCUACAAACAGGGACUCAUGGCUUCCAGCACUUUCUAACACUAUGGCUUGGUUUAGGGUGAGUGUUUAACUGGAAUUAGCAGUGUUCUCAGUUAUAAACUUUAUACAACUGAUGUGAUUUUUUUCGUGUCAUUUCCAGUUUUUUAACAUGUUGAAUGUUGUUAAUGUAUGUCCUCUGUAUGCGUGACACAUGGAGGUACGGCUGUUUCCAAUGGUUCAUGUUUGAAUGUGUGCAUGUCACUUUUCAUAUGUUACUGGACCAGAACAGAGUGGAUGAUGGCAGUCAGUGUAUUUAAAAUGAAGAAAUAAACGGAUCCAUUAAAACAUAA